GGUCAUAUCAGUUGUACGCGUAUCACGUAAAUCAUUCAGUCCAAGGUCAGCCUCUCUCUAAAGCAGAACACGACAAUGGAAGGUGUAUUUUAUACGAUGACUGAAGUUGAGCUGAGAUGUUCUGGUCAAAAUUUAAGAAAAUUGCCUCAACCAACAGACCUAGGAUCAGAUACUGGUCAAAUAAUAAAGUAUAUGGAUUUAAGCUAUAACAAGAUAUCGACAUUAGAUGGAAUAGAAUCAUAUUCUUCCUUAGAAACGUUGAUCCUUGAUUGCAAUCGUAUUGGUGAUGACGUUGAAUUUCCAUGUUGUCAAUCUCUGACUACAAUCUCGUUAAAUAAAAAUCAAAUUGCUGACUUGGAUCAUUUGCUACUAAACCUAAAGAGAAUGGCACCAAAACUUCGUUUCCUUAGUCUUCUUGGGAAUUGUGCUUGCCCACAUCAAUUGAUGGGUUUAAACUAUGAUGAUAGUGACUAUCAUCGCUACAGAUGCUAUGUCAUUUACUGCUUGCCGACUUUAAAAUUUUUAGACUCCACUCCUGUUACUAGGGGUGAAAGAGAAGAAGCAGCAUUGAGGGGGAAAUUUUUCCAAGUUGUGAAACCAAUCACACUUAAAAUACAAACAAAGUCUAUGAGGCAAGAUCGAAAAGACUUAAUCCCAUUGCCCCCUGCAAAGUUAAAUUUAGCUUUACAUAAAGGUAUUUAUGGAGCUUGCAGGUACCGUUACACUGGGAAAAAUUCUGAAGGAAAUCGUUUUAUCCGUAACCAUGACCUCUAAAAAUCACUUGAUAAUCUAUUACAAUAGAUAUGUUUUGUUUUCCACUUUUUUAACCAAAAAUAUUUUUCAGACCUUAACGACAAUACACGACUCCCUCGUA